CCCGCAAGCUGUAUAAUCAUGUCCUCUCCCGCCCUCCCUUCAAAUUGGUACAUCCCCGUGGCGCAAUGGCUACUCAUCCAGCCCAUCGUGGGACUGGUCGUAGCGUUCACCUCGCCUCGAUCGCUUGCCCGCCCGGCCACGGCCAUCCUUGUCGUCGCCCUAGGGUACUCCUCGCAACGCGGUGCGCACGCCUACUACGCCGGGACACGCUUCGGAGCCCCUCUUGUAUCCAUGUGCGUGGUGCACGUCCUGAACGGGAUCGACCUGCUCGUCCUGAGCCGAGCGUCGUAUGAGGCGCAGAAGGAAUGGGAUCGUCACAAAGCUGCGCGGUUGUCCAAUGGUUCUCACACGAAGGAGCAAAAGCAGCAGACCCCCAAUGCCUCAGUGCGAAAUGAAGGCGUAUCGCGCCUGCUCUGGGCCUUCAGCAUCCCCUUCAACUACCGCCGUAUCGACACCCCGUGGGAAAUCCGGCACCUCCCCCGAUUUGACGCUGUGAAUCCGGAUUAUGUGCCCUCGCGGACACGAUUUCUUCUGCAGGCGCUGGCGAAGGUUGCCGUAGCGGUGAUUGUAAUCCAGGGGUGUACUAUGGAGACAGAUGAUCCUCAUCUCGGCCUCGCCGUCGCUCAAUUGCCUGAGGCGAAGGAGGCGCUUCUCCCGUUUGCAGUGGCGGCGGGCGGGGAUGGCUUAGGGAAGAGGCUGCUUGUUCGGGUGCUCUUUUGUCUCUCGUUCGGGAUUAUAGGCCGGGCGAUGAUCAUCGCGUCGUACAAUGUUCUCGCCUUCUUGGCGGUCGGGCUGGGCCUGUAUGAUCCUGUGAAAUGGCCGCCCGUGGCUGGAUCUUUGUGGGAGGGGUGGUCGAUUGGACGGUUUUGGGGAGUAACAUGGCACCAAACCUUCCGCCAACCACUUACUUCCAAUGCCGACUUUCUGCUCUCUCUGGUAUGGAAAUCGCCCAACGGAAGGCUAGCGUGGUAUUUCCGUGCUUUGCUCGCGUUCACGGUAUCAGGCAUCAUCCAUUUGUUCAUGGAUGUGGGGUUCGGUGUGCCGAUGGCCAAAAGCGGCGCCCUGUGGUUCUUCUGUCUGCAGAUUCUGGGAGUUCUUCUCGAGAGCAUUGUGCGAGAUCUCGUUCGGCCACUCCGAGCUAGGAUGAACCCCGGUGUAAAAAGAGUGAUCGGUUAUGUCUGGGUAGCGCUGUUUAUGCUGUGGACGGUGCCAAUCUGGAUCAACCCAAUUUUGAUCCAGCUAUAUAAGGAUGGGGUGAGAAUGAUGUCACCCUUCUUGUUUUUUGGAAGUUGGAAAAUCUAG